AUGAAGGACCCUAUCGGCACCUGCUCUUACAACCAACUGUAUCAAAAUGCAAAACACUUUUCAAAAGCUGGGGAGUACUUCUGUAAAGAACUAAUGGCGGUAUUUCAGCAGAGGGCUGAGAUGGAACAUGCUUACGCUAAAGGACUACAAAAACUUGCUGGCAAACUCAUCAGGGCAUCUAAAGAAAUGUCAAACAAUUCCACCUACAGUGCCUGGUGUCAUGUGUCAGAUGAGAUGUACUCAAGAGCAGAUGCUCACAGAUCACUGGGAAAUGCAUUUCAGCAAGAAGCAAUACUGGAAAUACGCCAAGUCUUGGAUGAGCAUACUAAGAGAAAGAGGCCUCUUGACAGUGCCAUUGAAAAAAACGGAAAACUUGUUACUGCUAAUUGGAGCGAGCAACUCAAGUUUAAAAAGAAACUGAGUGGACUAACACGAGAGCAUGAGGCUCUGUUCAACUUUGUGGAGAACAACAAACACAUUUGCACAGAGAAAGAAAAACAAAAGAUGCUUAACAGGCUGACUAAGUCGGCAGAGAUCCAGGCGCGGGUGGACACAGAGUACUUUAAUAUCAACAUGGAGGGUCAUCAGAUGAGACUCAAGUGGGAAAACACACUGAAAAACUGCUACCAGAUCAUACAGGAGCUGGAGAAACAGCGAAUUGAAGUACUUUGCAACAUCCUGACAAGAUACAACCUCCAUAUGUCCAGUUUUGGGCAGACUCUCAAACACGGACAAAGACAGAUAGAACAGAUGGUCCAAAGGGUGGACAUGGAUAAAGACAUACAAACCUUGGUGGAGGAAAACAGCAUCACAGCUGAGGAUAGCAAAGCAGAGUUUUUGAUGGCUGAUUAUUUUGAGGAGAACAGCAAAUCACUGAUGACCAAAGACCGGAGAAAAGAGGCCAUAAAAAUCAAGCUCCAGCGCCUGGAGGAUAGCCUUACAAAGACAAAAAAAGACUGUGAAGGAAUUGAAAAACUGAUAAAAACAUACUCUGAAAAUCCAUCCUUUUCUAACCAGAAGAACCUUGAGGAAACUGAACAGCUGCUUGAUGAGAGUGCUUUGAAACAGGAUCUGCUAGAGGCCACUCACUACAAACUCUCCCAAACUCUGUCUGAAAUAGAAGGGAAACCCAAGUCCUUUCACCGAUUUAACGACAGCAUUGUCAAAUGGAAAGAUAAGGACUGUGAGCACAGUGUGGUUCAACUGAGUCGUCCAGUCAAACUCAGGAAGACACCGUUCAGAUCCAGACAAUCACUGAGAGCCUCCAUCAUUUACAAAGGACCUGUUCAGUCUGUGGAGACUCUGCAAAUUGCUGCUGACCAGGUCCACUCCACAGCUUCAAUAAAUGAAUCUGAAGCGGUUGACUGUUGCAGCGCUGUUAAUGGCGCCAUAACUCAUACAGAUGACAACAAAGAUCAAGAAUUCUGCAGUAUAGGAAAAUGCAAAGCUCUCUACGAUUUCACACCUAACCAGGACGAUGAAUUAACUUUGAAAGAGGGAGAUCUUCUAGACAUUUACACAAAGGAAGAGAACGGUUGGUGGUUUGGACUACUUAAUGGACAGAUCGGCCAUUUCCCAUCAACCUAUGUUGAGGAGCUGCCCGUGUUAAGCAGUGUCAAAUCAUCUGAUGCCUGACUGCCCUACUCAUG